AUGAGCAAAUUUCGUGUCGGUUCUGCUUGGCUUCCUGUUGCUUUCCGUAACUUCCACCCUGUGCUCGACUUCCAACGUCUUCUAGUCUCUGCUUGGACCACUUUGGACCUACCAACCCUCCAGCCCUCAACCUGCUCAUGCACCGGCGUCAAAUCACACAUAGCCAGCCAAGAUACCAGCGUCCAUCACUCCCGCGUUGCUGACACCUCCGACACCUUCCACGAAGCAUGCUUUGAUUCCGCCCGUACUCCAGAUCCGAAAAUUCCUCAGUGUCCAAAUGCGAUCAGUCCGUGCAUUCCGGUGCCAAUCCGCGCGAGCGAAAGCCUUCCGCGACCACUGUCGGCCGUCCUUAUCAGGCGAGAUCCGAACUGCGGCGGCAGUGCUCGCAAAUCAGUAGCUGCUCUGCCUGGCACAGGUCCAGGGAGGGGUAAGGCGGUAGUCCGGGCAGGAGCGAAUGAAGCUUCGGGAAGAGCGGUGCUGGGGCAGCAAGCUGGGACAUUGGAGAUGUUGCGAGCGGAGGCGGACAUGAAGGGUAAUGGGAAGCAAAUUGAGCUGGGAAUAGAGGAAGGGAAGAAGGCCGGUGAUGCCAGCGGGAGAUUGUUAAAACGACCGUCAUGA